AUGGCGGUGCUUCGUCGGUGGUGGGAUGGUGGGGUUUUGACGGGAGAAAAUAAAAUACAAUCGCCUGAUCUAAUGCGCAUACACCAGGAAAUCGCCUACUUCUCCUACGAUGAUCAACACAACUUCCACCUCGACGAGUCCUCUUUGCGCUAUUACUAUCCUCCGCGCUUACCGGUUGAUCUAAAUAAGGGCUUCGACACGUUCGAAAAGCUGGAUGACACCGGCGAUGAGCACCUAGAUGCGCUUCUGGAAACGAUAAUUGAUUUGGAGAAGAGGACGGGCGCGAAAUGCGAAGCGGAUCUCAUUACGUGGAGGGGGAUGAUGACGAAGUUGGCUGUCUUCACUAGGUUUGAGAUGAAUGCGACCUGUUAUCAGGGCUCAAUCCGUUUCCUCAUUCAGGAUUGCCCAAAUCGCUCCAGUUUCAUCGAGGAAAACAACGCAUAUAAGCUUGCCCAGAAGCAAUCACAGCAGAACCAGAAGAUGCCUCCUGGCGCUCCUUCACAGGACAUGAUGGCGUUUUGGGGUGCGCAACAUCUUACACUUUCUUUUGACAUUGCAUUCGAGUCCGGAUGGCAUCUUGAUCUGACCAACUCUGCGGCAUCCUUCCAGCCUUGGGAUGCUUCUCCUCGUGAAAAAAUCGAGGGUCGUGAAGACCAGGUUGUCAACAAUAAAGCACAAUAUUGCUCCAUCGUCCGGACGGGGAUCGGCGGCUGCAAGCUUGUUAUUGGUGGUGAAGUUGAUGCCGUAUGGGACAGUAAACCCGACAGAAAAGAAGAUCCCAUUAACUGGGUCGAGCUGAAAACUUCUGCUGAAAUCCGUAACGAUCGAGAUAUGUUUAAGUACGAACGCAAGUUGCUGAAGUUUUGGGCCCAAUCCUUUCUUCUCGGUGUGCCUAAAAUCAUCGUUGGUUUCCGCGACGAACACGGCAUACUGCGCCGGCUGGAAGAGAUGGUAACCCGUGAUAUACCAGGUCUAGUUGCCAGACAGGGCAAGGGCACUUGGGAUGGGAAUAUUUGCAUCAAUUUCACAGCGAAGUUUUUAGAAUGGCUCAAACUCGUCAUUAAAGACGAGGGACUAUGGAGGAUCCGCAGACAGGAGAGAUCUUCUGUUAUUGAGGUCUUCAAGUUGGAGGAUUCGGGACAUGGGGGAAUUCUUUCCCAAGCCUUUGUUGACUGGCGGUCUUCGAAAUGA